UAAACAAUUUUCACAGCACUCCCACUUUUCCAAUGAGCUAAAAUAUUGGACCCCACGGAAAAGCCCCUUGUCGCUCAUGUACAACUACAUAGCCCUGUGCAAGCCUUUGUGGUUCCAUUUGCAUGUGAGCUCUCACUAAAACAUCACUCCCUGUCGGCGCUUCUAAAGCUAUUCGUCGAUCCGGCGAUCCCCCACCCCGUGGCGCCACGGCGAAAACCCCCGCCGGCGCACAACCAAGAAAUGACCCUCUUCUCCUUCACUCAUCAUCUCCUCCUUUCUCUUCUUCUCUUCCUCCUCCUCCUCGUUGGCUCUGCAUCGAGCAGCACCCAUGACUAUCAAGACGCAUUAUCGAAGGCAAUCUUAUUCUACGAGGGCCAGCGGUCGGGUUUCUUGCCGCAGGACCAGAGAAUCACUUGGCGCGCUAAUUCCGGACUCAGCGACGGUUGGAUGUACAACACUGACUUGAGCGGCGGGUACUACGACGCCGGCGACAACGUCAAGUUCGGCUUCCCGAUGGCCUUCACGACCACCAUGCUGGCCUGGAGCGUGAUCGAGUUCGGCGAUUCCAUGCCGCCCAACGAUCUCAGGAACGCUUUGGUGGCGAUCCGUUGGGCCACGGACUAUUUGCUCAAGACCGUUUCUCAGCCCAACCGGAUUUUUGUGCAGGUGGGGGAUCCGAACAUUGACCAUAAUUGUUGGGAAAGACCGGAAGAUAUGGACACAACCAGGACAGUUUAUGCCGUGGAUGCACCGAAUCCGGCUUCCGAUGUUGCCGGGGAGACCGCAGCCGCUCUAGCAGCUUCGUCAAUAGUAUUCCGGUCAUCAGAUUCGGGAUAUUCCGAUACUUUGUUACGAAAUGCCAUCAAUGCUUUCCAAUUCGCAGAUAGUUAUAGAGGAGCUUACAGCGAUAAUUCAAAUAUUAAAUACGGUGCCUGCCCAUUUUAUUGCGAUUUUGAUGGUUAUCAGGAUGAGCUGCUAUGGGGAGCAGCAUGGCUAAGGAGAGCUACUAACGAAGAAACUUACCUCAAUUACAUACAAAGCAACGGCCAAACCCUUGGCGCCGAUGAGAACGUAAAUGAAUUUGGAUGGGACAACAAACACGCUGGACUUAACGUUUUAGUCUCUAAGGAAGUCCUAGAAGGAAAUGUGUACUCCCUCCAAUCGUACAAAGCAUCGGCUGACAACUUCAUGUGCGCGCUGAUACCCGAAUCAUCAGCCUCGCACAUAGAGUACACAAACGGCGGACUCAUAUACAAGCCCGGAGGCAGCAACUUGCAGCAUGCAACAUCAAUUGCAUUCCUUUCACUAGUCUAUGCCAACUACCUAACUCGAACGUCUCAAGCUAUCAACUGUGGGAACAUAUAUGUAAGUCCAACCACACUUCGCCAGCUCGCUAAACGCCAAGUUGAUUACAUUCUAGGCGAUAACCCUAAGGGUAUAUCGUAUAUGGUCGGUUAUAGUGAUUACUACCCACAACGUAUUCACCAUCGCGGCUCGUCGAUGCCGUCAAUCAAAGACCAUCCUCAAUUCAUUGGGUGCAAGGAGGGUUCUAUCUACUUCAAUUCAACAAAUCCUAACCCUAAUAUCCACGUUGGGGCCGUGGUGGGAGGACCUGGGGAAGACGACAUCUACGACGACGAUCGAGUCGAUUAUAAGAAAUCAGAGCCGACGACCUACAUUAAUGCACCAUUAGUCGGGGUACUAGCAUACCUUGUUGCUAACCCAACCCUAGUUGACACAAAUACACAAAUUCAUGACUCAUCAUUUGAGAAUAGGGAAAAGAUGCCUCUCGUCAUGAGCAAAGCAAAGAGGGAAGAGGCUUAUUUAAGUGAUCUGCUUUUCUUUUCUUUUCCUCUUCUAUUCUUAUUUAGUAAUUUGCUUGAUUCUUGAGUUAUAGGAUUUUGGAGUCACAAAAUCUUGUUGUCACUUUUUCUACAAGGAUAAUGAGAAAAAGGCUUAUUUCUACA